AGUGGCGUCAUCACCAGCGCGUGGCGUGGCGAGGCGGGGGUUGGAGGGGCCGCGGCCAUGGCCUGCGGAGUGGAUCUGAGCAGCUUCCCGCUGCACGGCCUCCUGCCCAAGAAGGAGACGGGGGCGCUGAGCUUCCUGAGCAAACGCCCCGAGAGCGACGGCCGCGGGGUCCUCAUCGCCAUCCUCGACUCCGGGGUGGACCCGGGGGCGGCGGGGCUGCAGGUUACAACAGAUGGAAAGCCAAAGAUUAUCGACUUCAUUGAUGCCUCGGGCAGUGGCGAUGUAAAUACUUCCACUGUGCUAGAAGAGAAGACUGGCCUUUUAGUUGGUCUCUCAGGAAGAACUCUCAAGAUACCACCAGAUUGGAUUAAUCCUUCUAAGAAGUACCACGUUGGUGUGAAAAAUGCAUUUGAGCUGUAUCCCACAACGCUCAAGGAAAGAAUUCAGCAAGAGAGGCGAGAGAAGCAGUGGGACCCUCCACAUCGUGCAGUUUUGGCAAAUGCUCACAGAAAACUGAAUGACUUCAACAAGAACAACACAAACUUGUCUCAGGAAGAUAAAUUGAUAUUGGAGGACUUACAGUGUCAUGUUGAUCAGCUGAAUGCUCUAGAGAAGCAAUAUACUGACCUAGGGCCAGUCUAUGAUUGCUUAGUGUGGCACGAUGGGGAAACUUGGAGAGCAUGCAUUGAUACCAGUGAUUGUGGUGAUCUCAGUAACUGUACAGUUCUCAGGAAUUACAGAGAAGCCCAUGAAUAUGCUCAUUUGGGCAAGUCUGAAAUGCUGAAUUACUCUGUCAACGUGUAUGAUGAUGGCAACACGCUUUGUAUUGUUACCAAUUCAGGAUCUCACGGAACACAUGUAGCUUCAAUAGCUGCAGGACACUUCCCAGAGAAUCCUGAAAUGAAUGGUUUAGCCCCUGGUGCACAAUUAUUGGCUAUCAAGGUUGCUGAUUCUAGAUUAAACACCAUGGAAACUGGGACGAGCAUAAUUCGAGCAAUGAUCGAGGUGGUGAAGUACAAGUGUGAUCUGGUGAAUUACAGCUAUGGUGAAUCGGCUCAUUGGAGCAAUUCAGGGCGAAUAUCCAAGGUGAUCAAUGAAGCUGUUUGGAAGCACAAUAUUAUCUUUGUGUCCAGUGCAGGCAACAAUGGACCCUGUCUCUCCACUGUGGGGGCCCCUGGGGGUACUUUAGCUAGUAUCAUUGGUGUUGGUGCAUAUGUUACUCCAGAGAUGAUGAUUGCAGAGUACUCCAUGCGGGAGAAAUUGCCUGCCAAUCCGUACACAUGGUCAUCAAGGGGACCUUGUAUUGAUGGAGCAUUGGGAGUAUGCAUCACUGCACCAGGUGGCGCCAUAGCAUCUGUGCCCAACUGGACCCUAUGUGGCAAGGAGCUAAUGAAUGGAACGUCUAUGUCCUCUCCUAAUGCUUGUGGAGGCAUUGCGUUGGUCCUCUCAGGAUUGAAAGCCAACGGCAUUGCGUACACCAUGCAUUCAGUGCGCCGGGCACUCGAGAACACAGCUCUGAAAGUGGAAAAUGUUGAAGUGUUUGCACAAGGCCAUGGCAUAAUUCAGAUUGAAAAAGCCUAUGAUUAUCUCACUCAACAUGCCGCAGUGAAGAGCACAAGUUUAGGCUUCAACAUCAAAAUAAGUCAAUGGCGUGGAAUCUACCUCAGGGAGCCUGCAUAUUUGUCUGUACCGAUCGACUUGUGUGUCUGUGUGGAGCCAGUUUUUCCUGAGAAUACAGAAAACAACGAGAAGAUUGCCCUGCAGUUGCACUGUGCUUUGACUUGUAAUGCAUCAUGGGUGCACAUACCUUCCCAUCUGGAGCUGAUGAAUCAAAGCAGGCAGGUAACAGUCCGGGUCGAUGCUCGUGGACUCAAGGAAGGACUGCACUACACUGAGAUUCUUGGUUACGAUACAACAGCAACUGGUGCGGGACCAGUGUUCCGGAUUCCAGUUACAGUCAUUAUUCCAUCAAGAGUAGGUGAAGCUUCGGAAUACAAAAGUGAACAUAAAAAUGUGAACUUCAGGCCAGGAGAGAUGAAACGGCACUUUAUUGAAGUACCCCAUGGAGCUACAUGGGCUGAGAUAAACAUGGUUUCAAAGUCAGAAGAUAAAACAUCAGAAUUUGUUGUUCAUGCCAUUCAAUUACAAAAACAAAAGGCUUUCCGAGUUCAUGAGUUCUACAAACACUUGUACCUUUCAGAAAAGGCUUCCCUUCGUGAUGCCUUUCCAGUCAUUGCAGGGAAGACUAUUGAAAUUUGUAUUGCCCGUUGGUGGUCUAGCCUGGAUGAUGUUGAAAUUGACUAUUGCAUUUCAUUCCAAGGACUGAGCUGUAAUAGUGAUACUUUACAUAUUCAUGCCUCUGAAGGUGUUGUGAGGUUUGAUGCCACCGCUUCACUGAAAUAUGAGGAGCUCUCCCCUGCCUUAACUCUGAAAAAUUGGGUCCAGACUCUCCGGCCUGUGGAAGCCAAAACUAGACCGUUAGGAUCACGUGAUGUUUUGCCACAUAACAGACAUCUGUACGAACUAGUGCUGACUUACAGCUUCAAUCAGGCUAAGAGUGGAGAUGUAACUCUCAGCUGCCCCUUGCUGUGUGACUUGCUGUAUGAAUCGGAAUAUGACAGUCAGCUUUGGAUGCUCUUUGAUCAAAAUAAGAGGAUGAUUGGAGCAGGCGAUGCUUAUCCUGACAGGUAUCCCUUGAAACUGGAGAAAGGGGAGUAUAUAAUUCGCCUACAGAUUCGUCAUGAAGGGCUCAGUGAGUUAGAGCCUUUGACAGACCUGCCUUUCCACAUCAGUCGCAAGCUCCCAGCGCCACUGUCUGUGGAUAUCUAUAGGACACAUGCCAAUGCUCUUCUGGGCAAGAGCAAGUUUGGCUGUCUCACACUUCCACCAAAAUUCACCGUUCCUUUCUUCGUCACUUCACUGCCAGAUGACAAAGUUCCCAAAGGUAUUGAGAUUGGAUGCUAUCUUAAAGGAGCUCUCACACUUUCCAAAACUGAAAUGGGCAAGAAAGCUAGUGUGCUCACUGUACACUACUAUAUGGUGUCAUCCCCAAACAAGAUGAAGAAUGGAAAUAAAGAAAAGGCAAGCAGAGAUAAAGAGAAGGAUCCAAAGGAGGCAUUUGAUGAAGCUAUGAGAGAUCUCAAGAUACAGUGGUUACCAAAACUGGAUCAAGGUUAUCUAUAUGACGAAUUGGUUUCUGUCCAUCCUGAACAUUUACCUGUACAUGUUGCUUACCUUGCUUACUUGGAUUCAGAAAAGAAAAGAAAAAGUUUAGAUGACAUUAUUCAAGCAGCUGAACGAGUUAUAUCCUACAUUGAUCAAACUGCCCUGGUGACCCACCUGGCUUUGAAGACGGACUCUAGGCCUGAUGCUGCUUCUAUCAAAAGUGAGAUGGAAAAACAGAAAUCUGCUCUGAUUGAUGCUCUCUGUCACAAAGGCUGUGCACUCGCUGAUAAACUUCUCAAUCUCCAGUCACAAGAAUCUACUGAGGAUGAUUCAGAGGAAGUUUACAAGAAUCUCACAGAGAGUUUCUAUGAUAUACAGAAAUGGAUAGAUAUCACAGACUGUAAGGCAUUAACAUUUGCUUACAAGCAUGCUUUGGUGAAGCAAACAUAUGGACGCGCCUUGAUGUUUGCGUUCAAAAUUGUUGAAAAUAAGCCAACUCAAGAAAAUGCAAGGAAUUGUAUUCAGUUGAUGAAAACCCUUGGAUGGAUACACUGUGCCUCAUUCGCAGAAAACUCUCUGUUAGUGAUGCAUCCGCCGGAUUAUGUUCCUUUUUAACUUGAUCGUCAGUGAAAUAAAGAGUCUCCAUGUGCUUGUUAAUCAGGAUUCAAACUGCCAUGUACCUAAAAAUUGGGUUCAGCAUUAUCUGGGUUUUGUUGUACUUCAGCUAGUCAUUUUCAUCAAAAAAUUCACAACUCGUGGAAACUUCAGACUACAAUAGACUAGACUUUGCCAUUAUGUUAAUCCAAUCACUUUCUGUUAGAUAAACUUUUUGCAAAAGAACAAUUCGUUUCAACUACAAAAAUUUGCAGUCGUAUCUCAGCCUAUGGGGUUUUGUUUGUAUUUGUUGUCUUUAAAUUGCAAAUACUAGAAGGUUUUAAUUUAUUGACCUGUUUUAAUUUAAAUAAUUCCAUCCCUCUUUGGAUCUCCCACUGACAUUCCUCUUUCAACUAGCAGAGAGCACUGCCUGGGGCUCAAACUUGUUUUAUAUGUAGGUUGUGUUAAGUGGGAGUCCAUUUUCAGCUAUUGAUUGACAAUUCCAUAGCUGAGAAGCCAGUAGAAUCAUUACCUUACCUCUUCAACUGAAAUUUCCUGCUACAGAAUAAAUUUCUUGAUUUUUCCCUUUGAAAAAAAUAGCAAAAGUAAAUGUUGGCCAAGUGUAUGAUUCAAACUCUGGAGCUUGCCAAUUCUGAGUCCAGUACAAAUUUGCUGUCGUUUAAAACUACCCAUUUUUUAAAAAAUGCCUCAUCUUCUUUGUAGUCCCCUCUUUUGCAUUUACUACCUUCAGCACAUUACUAUGUAACCUCAAACACCUAUUGUGAGUUAGUCACGAUUACUGGAUGCAGACUUCAUUUUAUAAAAAUGCAAGUUCUUCAAGACCAGAAUUGUUUUUCAAUAAGUCUUUUCCUAGAAAUGUAAGUAUGCUUUACUGUUUAAGUUAUCCACUUAGAAGCCCGGCUGAUAUCUGACAAAACUCAACACCCAGGAACCAGCCGACUCAAGAAUCAGUCAGUUCUGAAACUCUUCCAUGUGCUAAAGAAUGUAAACCAAGUGUCUAAAGUGCAAUUCUACCAGGCAUGCUGACAAUUAUUUUGUAUGUUUUGUUAGUAAAUGAUGGUUUUAAUAUGAUCAGUUUGUGGUACAUGUUGCUUUUAUGUAUUGAGCUGCAGUGAUUGCUUUAUUUACAUUAUUAUUUCAGGUUUUUUUUCACAACUGUAUUCUUUAUAGUGAUUUUAUGAAAUCAGUCACUUAGGUGCCUUCUUUAUACAGAAUUUCUCUUAGAUUUUGGUGUUUUGCAGUUAUGGAUCAAUUGUUUUUAAAUCAGCUGUUUCUAUUUGCUAGAUGUAUCUCUGAAACUAUGUGUUUGUCUGAAAUUUGUAUUGCCUGUGCUGCGUUGUCUCAAAUUGUGAAGACAGAUGCUUAUAACUAUAUGCAAAUUUUAUAAAUAAAAUAGGAAGAGCUAUUGCAAAAUAUAACUGAGUCUCCAAAAUGAUUUAAAACCAGAUAAGAGAUGUAAAUGUAUGUGAUGCACUGUUAUAAAUGAAUCGUUGCAAGAUUGUGAGAAUACAGUAGUCUGUUUCAAAGUGCUAAAUUAAACCAAAUCAAUGUAUUUCAAUCUUUUCUUCAUUCAACUGUGAAAUAAGUUGUAAAGAUUUCAAAGUUGAACGUGGAAUUCAAAGAAGCUUGUCUCGUUGAAUAAAUAGUUGACAUUGGAAGAGAAGCCAUUGUUAUCCAUAUAGCAGUGAUGCACUACACUUUAUAAAAUAAAAUUAUGAUCUAGAUUACAGUACACUGUGUUUAUUACUAGUAACAAGUUAAUGCAAUUAAUCAGCCUUUUGUCUUGCAAAGGUUUAUGUAUUUAAAAAAAAGGUACUUGAAUUUCAUAAUUCUACUGCACCCAAUGAAAGCAUCAGUGGCUAGAGAUUAAGAUUGGGCAAAUUACAAUUAUAACAUUGAUUUAAAGCUAAUUAUUAACUUAGUUCAAAGACAGAAACCAUAAUAUAAUACAGUAUAACCUAGUACUAAAUAAUGAAAAACUGCAUAUUGUAUUUUGAAUUAAAUAACUUUCACAAUGCUUAUUUAAAAUAUUUUCAAAAUAGCAAAGGAUGAAGUAAAAAUUAAAUUAUCUCGUCACUUGUUUGCAUUUCGGUUAAUGAUUAGGACAAAUCUUAUCAAUGGGCUUUGUUUAUAAAGAUAUUUAAUUUUGUGUUCUAAGAUGCUGUGAAAGGUGUAUGCUUAUAUUAUGAUUAUAUGAAUAUUACUUAAAUAAAAUCUUAAAGGUGAA